AUGGGAAGAGAUCUAUGUGGAAGUGGGUUUGUUUCAAGAUUCAGAAACUCAUGGACCCAAAUGGAGAAAACCUUAAACGGUGCCGUUUCAAAGAGCUUUGUUGGGAGGCACUUCAAGUUAGAAGCAAGGAAAAGCUGUUUCACAAAAGAACUUCGUGCUGCCACAGCCACUUUUCUCACCAUGGCAUACAUCAUCACUGUCAACGCCACCAUCAUCACGGCCUCUGGCGGAACCUGCUCCGCCGCCGAUUGCUCCGCUCCGGCGGGUCCAGAUUGCAUGCUGAAGCCUAACGUUGGGUAUGAAAGUUGUCUUGCAAAGACCAAGAAUGACUUGGUUGUGGCCACUGCAGUAUCAGCCAUGGUUGCUUCUGUUGCUAUGGGCCUUUUGGCCAACCUUCCUUUGGGCCUGGCUCCAGGUAUGGGGCCCAAUGCUUAUUUGGCUUUUAAUUUGGUUGGUUAUCAUGGAACUGGGUCAAUCUCAUACCAAACUGCUUUGGCUGUGGUUUGUGUUGAGGGCUGUGCUUUUCUUGUAGCCUCUGCUGUUGGGUUAAGGGGUAAGCUUGCUAAGCUCGUUCCUCAUUCAGUUAGGCUUGGUUCUGCUGCUGGGAUUGGGCUUUUCAUUGCCUUUGUGGGCUUGCAGACUAACCUGGGUGUUGGGCUUAUUGGGCCUGAUCCUUCCAAUCUUGUGACCAUCACUGCCUGUAAAAGUAUAGACCCAGAAACUGGGGCAUGUUUGGGUGGGAGAAUGCAAAGCCCAAAGUUCUGGCUUGGCCUUGUUGGUUUCCUCAUUACAAGCUAUGGGUUGAUGAAGAAUAUAAAAGGGAGCAUGAUUUACGGCAUUGUUUUUGUGACUUUGGUGUCUUGGUUUAGGCACACUGAAGUGACUUAUUUUCCCGAUACCCCACUUGGUGAUGCAAACUACAACUAUUUCAAGAAAGUGGUUGGUUUUCACAAGAUCGAAUCCACUGCUGGGGUUCUCGGGUUCAGUGACUUUAACAAGAGGCAGGUUUGGGUGGCCUUGGCUACUUUGUUCUAUGUUGAUGUCCUUGCUAUCACUGGCACUAUGUAUACCAUGGCAGAGAUUGGUGGGUUUGUGGAUGAAAAAGGAAACUUCGAAGGUGAAUAUGUGGCUUACAUGGUUGAUGCAGCUGGCACCAUUGUGGGUUCUGCAUUGGGUGUUACAACCACAGCAACAUUUGUGGAAUCUUCUGCUGGAUUGAGAGAAGGUGGUCGCACAGGAUUAACAGCAGUGAUCAUUGGGCUGUUCUUCUUUUUCUCAUUGUUUUUCACUCCUCUAUUGUCUAGUGUUCCUCCUUGGGCUAUAGGACCUUCACUGGUGAUGGUUGGCGUGAUGAUGAUGAAGGUGGUGAAGGACAUAGAUUGGAGCAACACAAAGGAUGCCGUUCCUGCUUUUGCUACAAUGCUUCUCAUGCCUCUCACAUAUUCCAUAGCAAAUGGGAUUAUUGGUGGGAUUGGCCUCUACGUUGCUCUUAGCCUCUAUGACUAUGCUGCAAGCACCAUAAAUUGGUUGAGGAAGAUGAGAAGAAUGGUGAUCAAGGAGCAAAACCAAGUUUCUGCUACCGCAGGUGGUGACUCAACAGUGGAAAUUAUAUGA